AUUUAAGUAGGCUACGGCUAAACAAAAACAAAAAGAGCAAGUUCACUCAGGCUGUGAUGAGUUACGGUAAUAUACCAUAGCAAUAUAGAAAGAGAAUAUUACAGUUUUUAGAUAAAAAAAUAUGUAUUGAGUCAUAUUGAGGAACAGGAGAACAGGAACCUUGCUGGUUCAACACAGUCUUUUCUCUGAAGAGCACACCACGAGUUUACGGAACAAAGGAAGAACACAAAAAAUACACUGAUAUUACUUUUAACCGCUGAUAACAUUUGAAUGAGCACAAAGAAAUUACUGAAGAUAUCGAAUUGGAACAAUCAUGUGAUUGAAGCAUGGCAUCUCAUACCAGUUUGACGGACAUCUGACUUUAUUGGUGAGUUUUGUGCUUUUCAGAGAUUUUGGUGCCUGCCGGAUGGUCAGGAAUAUGGACUCCGGUCUCUCUGUGAUGUUUGGUUUUGAAUCAGGCCUUUGGGUUUGGGACAUUUCUGCAAUGCUUAAGUAAAACCAAUAUUACACCAACAGCUCACACAGUCUUCAAGUUUUUAACCAUCCACUAACGCAUUCAAAGACUAUGAGAGCCGUGAUAUUAUUAUUGCUACUGCAAUGCCUGCUGGGAUUUUUGCACUAUGGCCGAGCCUUGUCAACUUGCAGUCCUUUAGACUUGGAAUUGAUAAAGAGAAAGCGUGUUGAAGCUAUUCGUGGUCAGAUUCUCAGCAAGCUGCGAUUACCCAAAGAACCAGAACUAGAUGAAGAAGAAGAAUCUCAAACCAUCCCUGUGGAACUCCUGUCAAUCUACAACAGCACUGUGGAGUUAAGUGAAGAAAAGACGGUGGACCCUGGACUUGCACCCGCUGAGGAAACAGCGGAGGAGGAAUACUACGCUAAAGAAGUUCACAAGUUUCAAAUGGAGAAGAAAACAGAAGAAAGCAGCGUAACCAACUACUUAUGGUUCAGCAUCACAGAUAUGAAUCAAAUAUUGGGUUCAGUGCGCAUCAUACACCAGGCCGAGCUCAGUAUGCUUGUUAAACAAGUUAAUUUAGCACCUGGUUCAGAGCAAAGACUGGAACUGCACCAGGUCGUUGGAAAUAAAACCCGUUACUUGGAUUCACGCUUCAUUACCAAAGAACUAGAAAAGAAACGGCUGUCUUUUGAUGUGACACAGACCGUGAAGGACUGGCUGGAGAAGUCAGAAAAGAGACAAGGAUUUCAGCUGAGGCUACACUGUGAAUGUGGUGAACCCGAGGCAAAGUUUGACUUCACAAUAACGGCUUUGAAUAAUGAAAGAGGUGAUACAGCAGCCCUAUCUGAACAUCAAAGGCCCUACAUCUUGGUAAUGUCACUUCCUGUUGAUCGCCACAGUCAUUUGAAAUCUCGCACCAAGCGGCAAGCAGAAACAGAUGUAGUUUGCACUGAAAAGUCUGACGGUUGCUGUGUGAGAAGUCUGUAUAUCGACUUUCGCAAAGACCUGGGCUGGAAGUGGAUACACAAGCCCUCGGGUUACUAUGCCAACUAUUGCACUGGCUCUUGCUCUUACUUCUGGAAUUCAGAAAAUAAGUAUUCACAGGUACUUGCACUAUAUAAACAUCAUAAUCCUGGCGCCUCUGCUCAACCUUGCUGUGUACCGCAAGUUCUAGAUCCAUUGCCCAUUCUGUACUAUGUGGGGAGGCAGCAUAAGGUAGAACAGUUGUCAAAUAUGAUUGUGAAAACCUGCAAGUGCUGCUGAGGUCAAGAUUUUCCUGUGGUCCUGAUGGAAGGAAUAUCUCGUGGAUGCGUUGUACUGUUUUCUGCUGUAUUCUGUAUACUGUACUGUUACCUAUUAAUUUGUCUGAUCAUUUUUAGUUUACAGACAUCACACAAGCACGUUUUUCAUACAAGUGGUAAUAAAUCAUCUAUUAUUUAAUAUAAAGGUUGCCAACUGAACGUUUUAAGUAGAUCUGAAAUAAAUUUUGACUGAAUAUUUUCACCACACUGCUGUCCCUUUUGCAUUUUACAGACUGUUUUCAGCAAAAUACAUUUCAGACAGUUGUGCUUUAAGAAUUGUUUUUCUAAAUAUAUGUAAUCUAAUGCACAAUAAGCCUUUCUGUUCCUCUGCUAUUUUUUUUGUAAUGCUGUUGGCACGUAAAAAGACAAAAACGUGUUCCCAAAUACGUGCUAUAAGAACGUAAACGCACAUCAUUUUAUCAUGUAAAUAUAUCCCUAUAUUUAGUAAACGUAUUGCCAAAAAUCUCUUUGUAAUUGUCAGCAAGUACCUUUUUUUCAGCCAUCAUGAUGCAAUUCAGUUGCACAUGCACAACUGUGAUCACUCUUGAAUGUUUUUAAUUGUUGAGUUUUCAAUGCUCCCACUAUCCAGAUCUGUUACAGCUGUUCAGGAAAUCUAAACAAUUUCCUGCAGGCAAGUUUUGUCUGUCUUCUAUUGCUUGAUAUUAAGAAAGUGGAUUAAAUAGUUACAUUAAAUGUUUGUACACUGUCUAGAUUCUA